AAAAGAGCCAGAAUCAGAAAAGAUGAGAUGCAGUAAGAAUCUGCUCAUCAAAUACUUCGUCGAGGAAGCUGCAUCAUGAAUGGAAUGACGUUCUUUCCAUUUUGACGAAAAGGAAAAUAUGAAAUUCCGGUAGUUAAGCUGGGUCAGAACAAACGGCAUCAUGCCUGAUGGCUUGUUGUAAUCAAUAUCAGAUUACUUGAACAAGCAGAAGCAACAAGGAAGGACCAAGAACGGAGAAAAGCGAUCUGCCCUGCCUGCUAGGCAGCAAGUUACGUCUGGACCCAGCAGCUUCUAAGCAAGCCUGCGGAGACACGACGACACACAUAAAGCAGCUGAUACUGCACCGCGCUCGUCCGUCUGUUUUUGCGAGAAACGAAAAAAACCGCUUUUGCAGGAGGAAAACCCACUGCUAGCGUGAACAAGAAGAUGAUGCUGCGGAGGACACCAGUCUGCUUCAAGGCAGCCGCACUGCUCCUCGAGUUGUCAUGUUCCGUAUUUAUCCCGUUCUUGCUAACGAGCGUGUCCGCCCAGGAUGAGGCGGCGGACCUUGCCCACGGCAAGGGCUUUCAGGAUGCGCAGCAGGUUCCCCGGGAACCAAUGGUUUUCAUCUGCAGCGACUGCCACCCGUGUUUGUACCCAGACACGACCACCUAUCAUGUGGAAACCGCACAUGACUGCGAGCAGGCGUGCUACUUCAGCAGCUCCUGCCGCUACACGGCCUACAAUCCCCGGGAACAGGAGUGCAAUCAGUACACAACGUGUAAGGUGGACAAAACCGGCGAUCUAGAGUACACAAGGAUGCACAAGAGGGACCCAGGUUUUGGUUUCAUCUUGAGUUCUUGGGAACUGUCAUGCAUCUUCACGAAGCUCAGCCAAACUCGGUUUUUACGUUGCUCCGUCAACUUUUUUUUCUGCUGCAUAUUACAGCGCUACUAGUAGUAGUUCUUCAUCUUCCUACAUUCAUAGACGUGCCUCUACGUCUCCCUCUACUGCUCCGCGUGAACUACAACAAAAAACGCACUUUUGCGUUCUACUUCUCAUUCAGGUGUUCUCUCCGACCUGUAUCUGUCCUCGUCCUGCUCCCUCGAGCCGGCGUUCCAGCCCAUGGUGCAAAACUACAAGGCCGGGUGCCCCUCCACGGCGGUGGGCGCUGCGACGUUUAAGUCGAAGAACGACCUCUGGGUCAACGACGAGCAGAUUUUCCGGUCUUCCAAGGGGUACGCAACGGUACCGGCCGAGCUCUACCACGACACGCCCACCGUGCUGAGCAUUCAGACCCUGAUGGACAUCGAGAUGACCGAGGACGACGUCGUUUCCUGCAGCGAACACCACCACUGCCAAGGUUCGGAUAAUUACUCGCUUUUUUUUGUCAUGCAAGUUUUUGCACAGCAGACGCGGCGCGAUGCAGGAGCACCAGAUCCAGAUGCUUGUGCGUUCCCGGCUCGAGCUCCUUCAUCAGGAUGAGAAGUCUAUUUUUUAUUUUUUGAGCAGCUGUUGCUGCAGCAGUUGUAGCUCGUACCAAAGGAUGAAAUGUUCCAAAAACGUCGAAACCCAAACUUCUAUCACAGCCGGUUUCUGGAACCCGAACCAGAAAUGCGCUGGCGGCUUCUGCCGGACCAUUGCGCACACCUACACGGUAGCCUUUCAGGACACGUCUGUCGCCGACUACGACCAGGCCACCACAGACCGGUCGUACGGCGCGCUGUCUCGGGAAACCAUCAUGAUCAAGCCGCCGGAUGCCGCGGAUGUCAUUGCGGACUACGCCCAAGUCAUGCAGGACUACGCGGGCACGGACUACGAAAAGGAAGUGCUGGCCACGGUCCACAACAACAAACCGCUGCAGCCGGUUUGUCAGCACUGCAACAAGAUCUGCGACUACGGGUCGGACUACGAGUGGUUUUUGCGGUCCGAGGGAGCGCUGCCGCGGUUCCAGUGCAUCGAGUCCUGCUACAAGGACCGGAAGUGCGUGGCGGUGAACAUCAACGAAGAGGAGGGGAUUUGCGAUUUAUUCAAAACUUGUCACGAAAAGGACAUGCUGAUGCUUUCCCACACCGACGCUGGCGAGUUGCUGAAGAUGGAGAAGCACCCGGUCUCGGGGGAGCACAAGGUCAUGAUUGGGGGUGUGGAAGUGAAGAAACGGAGCUUGGAGGGGAAGGAGGAAGACGAGGAGGAGAAAGGUAAGUACUAAAGCAUCAAUAUAGAUCUGUUGUUUUAUUUCUGUCGAUUGUUGUGCUAGAUCAUGAAGCGCAGACUUAUACUGGAGACCGCGACGUCAUAAUUGAUAAUUGCAGCGUGGUCCUCUACCUUUUUGCGUCAUAUUGCAGCUUUCAACAGAAGAGCUGCUUCUGCUACGUGCUACACUUUUUCCAAACCCAAGGUAAAAAACCGUCCUCAAAGGAAGAUGCCCAAGAGCACCAACAAGAAAAAGACGACAAAGACGACGAUGAUAAGAAGAAAGAAUCAGACAAGCCGAAAAUCCUUCCCGGCCAGAAGAUCAAGAAUCCGGAGACUGGGAAAACAGAGGUUCUGAAGGUUCCGGAGGAGUUUAAGAUCUCGCCCGGAGUCUUAACCCAGUUCAUGGUAUUCCGGCGGCCCGAGUUGAACUCGCCGCAUUAUGUCGCGCCGGACAAACAUUUACUGGACUUUGGCGGCACAGAGUACGGCACCGUUGAUCUCGUGGGGC